UUUUCCAAUUUCCUGUGUGUUUUCGCUUUUCUUAUUUGUAAAUAUAAUAACAAAACUUAUUUUACGAGAUAUUUAAUAAUUAACUGUGUAUGUAAAGUUCAGGAUUAGUACAGAAUUAUCUAAUAUCUAUAAAUUAAUUGUAUUUUCUUACUUUACUUCUUAUUUUCUUACUUCUUUCUUACUUUCUUAUUUUUUAUUUUACUCAUAGUCAAGUAAAAAAGCGAAAAAUGGAUGAUGAUGAUUAUUGGAAUACUAGUGAAACUAAGGCUAAAGCUUUUAGCUUUGAUGAUGAUGUUCUUUCAACACAAGAAAUACUGGCCAUUGGUCAAAAACGCUCAUCAGGACAGACAGAAGAUUCAGUGUUCGCUACAACAAUCACAAAUGCUAAGCGUAACUUAGUAUCAUUGAACAGUCUUGUGUCACCUAAAGUUCUGGAUUUAAUUGUCCUCGCUCAAUCUGGCAAGGACCCAAACAACACACGGCCUCUAGAUUACGACUCAACAUCUAUCACGUUAAAACGUCUGAUCCUGGGCCAUACUUGCUCGCUACAUGUUCAUAGAAGUUUGAAGAGUAAAACGGAAUUGUUGGAUGGUGCUAUUGUGAUGGGCGAUGGGAAUGCUAUUUUAGCGGUAGUUUUAUUUCUAAUACAAACGCUGAAUAAGAAAUUGGUGCAUGAAUUACUAUCAAGCAGGCCUAUAGCGUUGAACCAUUAUAUGAGCCAUUUGAAGAGUGAAGGAAAAAUUAAUGAACUUACAGACUUAUUGACAAUGCUAGGCAGAGCUCCUGAAGCAGCAAUGUACCAAUUUGAACACAUAGUAAAAACUCAAGGGAACAAUAUAGAGAGUUUAUUAAGGAAAUUAAAUAAUGUACUUUCAAAUCAUUUCAAUCAACCGGGUGUUGAUGCACAUUGCAAUAAGAUGUUGGUGGAUUAUAUAAAAUUAUUAGAAUGGCAGAAAUGCGCGAACAAAUCCGAGUUACACAACAAGUCUCCACUGGCAUGCCUCACGCACUGUUGCCAGUGGCACUGGCACGAGGGCGCUGGCAACAUGAUGUCGCCAUUGACGCUCUGCCAGAGACAGCAGAUAACUCCAUUGCAAUAUGACUGGGUAGUAUUAAAUGUUCACGCAAACUCCAGUAAAUGGGACAUCGUUGAAUCCCUAUUUACUAAAAAGGAUUGGCUCGGCCGUACAACACUAUCAUCACACAUUCCCAUAGAAACGCUUCUAUGUCGUUUGAACGAUUUGAACGCAAGUAAGAGCAUGAUGGCCACGUGUGUUAAUAAGAUACAGAAUAAUGACGAGAGACUGCGGUUAGCGCAGAAAUAUAAGAUACAUUCAGUAGUAAUUGAAUCUCUAUUUAAACAAAAAGACCGAGCCGCUCUCACGAACUAUAAAAUGACUUUGAGUCCACAAUCUGAAGAUUAUAUCUUAGCUGAUAAUACUUUGAGGGAUCCGUCUAUUAAAUGGAAGAAUUGAAGAAGCUUCAAAUAAAAGUCUUUAUAAUAAUAUUAUUUAUUUAUUAAAAUCAUAUUUUAACCUUAAAUAAAAUUUAAGCACACAUAUUUAUAUA